UUCAGCGGUUUUCCGGCCACUAACUCAGCUUCACCGUCGCCACAUAACCAAGUACAUUUUCUGUUCUUCUUCCCGGUGUUAAACAACUUUAACCCAAAAGACCCCCCAAAUUAUUGCUCUUAGAUUAAAGAUUUAAGAAGUGAAAUUUACAAAUUGACUGUGCUCAUGGCUAUUAUCGGUUGAUUAUGUUCUGCUCAUAGGUCUUAGCGAAAUUCCAUUCCACGGAAGUGAGACAGACAGAGAGACUGUGAUUUGGGUUCUAGGUUUAAUCUCCUCGUCGUUGAAGGAUCCGUCAAUUUUCGAGGUAGAGUGAUGAUGUGCAGUCAAAACGCUUAGCCCAAUUCGGUUACCAGACUUAUUAAAAGAUUUUGUCGGAGAUAUACAGGAGUUGACUGCCAGACUUUUUGAAAUAAACAGCAAGCUUGGAAGUUCAGAGCUUCACGAUGAUAGACCCGAGGGGGAAAGAUCUCCUUCUCCCCAACCGGUGUACAAUAACCUUGGUAUAAGGAUAAAUACUCAUGAGGUAGGGCUCCGUCAGAACUUUUCCAAGAAUGCCGACUUAUUAUAUCAAUGUUACUUAAGAAGAACCCCUCCUUUAAAAUUCAUCCUGAUUACAAGCCCCAGAAACUCUUUAAGAAACUUUACAUACCAGUGAAAGAAUAUCCAAUAUAUAAUUUUCUUGGUCCUAUAAUUGACCCGAAUGGAAACACGUGAAGGAGAAUGGAGAAGGAAACUGGGGCUAGGAUUUUUGUCAGGGGCAAAGGCUGCGUGAAAACACCGAAGAAAGCUGAUCCCAGUGAUGAUGAAGACUUGCAUGUCUAUAUAAAGGCAGAUAACCAAGAAUCACUAGAUGCAGCUGUAAAGAUGAUUGAGAGAACUUCUAAUUCCAGACUUUCCAGUACAUGACAGAAUGAAUACCAUAAACAAGAACGAUUAGAAGAACCUGGAAAACUGAACGGUAAGCAUAGGGAUGAUGGAAUGUGCAGUGUGUGCAGGGGGAAAGGGCACAAACAUUAUGCCUGUCCUAAUGGGCAACCGAAUUUUAAAAUGGCACACACUUGUGCAACAUGUGGAAGCUUUUGCCAUCCCAUCUCAAAUUGUCCCUUGACUGUGAGGAUUAACAACUCUUUGUCGGGUUCUUCUGGGGGCUUUGGGUCUACUCCUAACAUAAACAGCAAAACCAACAAAGAAAUCAGAGAUACAAUCCUGUAUGUUGGCUCUCUUCCUCAAACUAUGGAUGAACUGCAGUUGACAGAGCUGUUACCUCCAUUUGGAAAGCUCAUCAAAGUGAAAAUAAAUAGAGACUGUACAACUAGUUCAGGUAAAGGCUAUGGUAUUGUUGCAUUUGAAAAUCCUAUUGAUGCCGCUUUGGCUGUGAAGCACAUGAAUGGAUACAAAUUGGAGGGGAAGAUGCUGGCGGUGAGGCUUGCUGGGCACCCACCAGUCGCAACUUCCUCAGUAUUCAGCCAUCUUCCAAUGUACUCCAUAAAUGCAGCAGUUCCUUCAACUGUCCUCAGUCAGACAGCUUCAAUAGGCCCACCCCCACCUCCAACAGUCCCGAGUCAGACAGCAUCACUGGGCCCACCUGGCUCGAUGCUGCCGGGCUCUCAAGCCUCAUUUAUCAAAAGUGAGGCCUCUGGCUUGCCUUCUUCCUCCAUCUACUUGGGGCAUUGCAAUCACCUUCCCAAAAGUGAGGCUCUCAAAUAUCACCGAGACAGAGAGUAAAAGUGGCUAUCAUUCAACUUAUGAAUUCUCUAAUCUAAUUCAUUCCUUCAUUUCUGGUUCUCUCGAUCAAUUUCCUGGUGAUCCGGACUACCCUGGUUCCCAGUUCCAAUCAUAUUUUACCUCACCUGGUUCAAUGCUGCCAGGAUCUCAGGCCUCCUUUCCAAAAAGUGAGGGCUUGGUUUGCCUCAUCCCUCCAUCUACUUGGGUCACUGUAAGCACCCUCCUAAAAGUGAGGCUCUAGAUGUCCCCCCAACUGUUGUCCCAAAUGUCACUGAUUCAAAGAGUAUAAGCAGCUUUCAUUCAUCGUACCAAUUCUCCAACAUCCUUCUGCCCUGGCUCUCUUGAUCAAUUUCCUGGUGAUCCAGACUACCCUGGUUCCCAGUUCCAGUCAUAUUUUGCCACACCUUCUUCAAUGCUGCCAGGAGCUCAAGCGUCCUUUCUGAAAAGUGAGGGCUUGGCUUUGCCCCCUCCCUCCAUCUACAUGAGGCAUUGCAAUCAACUUCCUAAAAGUGAGGCCCUAGAUUUCCCGCCUCCUGUCAUCUCAAGCAUCCCCGAUUCAAGGUGAGGUCUUGAGGAGACAGAAAGCUUUAUAUAAUUCAAGGACUAAGAAGAAGGAUAGCAUUGAAGUGAAUGAAUCAAAGGAUGUACUGAGUGAGGAAUCAGAGAAAGAGCUAAUGGAGGGGCCAACUGAAGAAUGUGUUCCAAAGUCUUCUCCAAAGAGUGAUGACGGUGAGAGUGAGGAACCCGAAGAAGACCCUGAAGCGGACCCUGAAGAGGAUUCAGAAGAGGAACCUACAGAGAAUCUAGAAGCGGAACCAGAACCUUUAAAUCAUACUUCUUUGUCACAGUCAUACCACAAUAAUGAUGACUCUGAACAGGUAAUUGAGGAUCCAGAUGAGGAUCCUUCAGAAGAAUAUGUAUCUGAGGCAUCUUCUGAGAGUGAUACCACAGAAACUGAUCACCAAUCAGAUGCUGGUCACAGGGAUUCAAAUGAAAAGAAGAGGUCAUUGGAUGUAGCAGCAAUUGAGCCAGCUUCACUGCAAGUUUCUCAGUCACAAAAGAAGUGCAGGCAAGAUGAAGCAUGUAAACCAGAAUCAGCUGUCGGAUCCACCGUUACAGAUGUCCGUUGUCAAUCUUUAGUUUCUGAGUCUGCGUGUGAUGAUGAAUGUGCUUCUGAACAAAAGGAGCAUGCGGGCAGUUCUGGAAAAAGAAGACGUAGUAGAUGGGAACCACGGUGUGAACAAGUUGGGGAAGCAAGUGAAGGUGAUAAGACUAGUAAAAGAAGGAAAACGAGGUGGACUAAUGAUGAUGCACAGUUAAAAAUGCUUGGCCCGAUUCAGCUACCCGACUUCAUGGAAGAUUUUGUUGGAUCUGGGUCGGAUCCCGAGAUUCAGGAGUUGAAUGUGAAACUUUUGGAGAUAAACAGAAAGCUGCAACGUUCAGAGCUUCAUUUUGGGAGGCCCGAGGGGGAAAGAUCUCCUUCUCCCGAACCGGUGUACAAUAACCUUGGUAUAAGAAUAAAUACUCGUGAGGUGAGGCUUCGCGAGAAACUUAUUCAAGAACGCCAACUUGUUAUUUCAAAGUUAAUUGAGAAGAGCCCCUCCUUUAAAACUCCUCCUGAUUACAAGCCCCCGAAGCUCUUUAAGAAACUUUACAUACCGGUGAAAGAAUAUCCUUCGUAUAAUUUUAUUGGUCUUAUAAUUGGACCAAGGGGAAACACAAUAAAGAGAAUGCAAAUGGAAACUGGGGCUAAGAUUCUUUUGAGGGGUAAAGGCGCCGAUAAAACAUCUCAUCAGCAUUAUGAUCCCUCUUGCGAAGAAGACUUGCAUGUCUGUAUAGAGGCAGAUAACCAAGAAUCACUGGAUGCAGCUGUACCGAUGGUUGAGAAACUGUUAAUUCCGAUAGAUGAGGGAAUGAAUGACCACAAACGAGCACAACUAAAAGAGCUUGCAAAACUGAAUGGAAAUUUUAGAGAUGAAAACGUAUGCAGCGUGUGCAAGGAACAAGGGCACAAGCAUUAUGCCUGCCCUCGGCAGCAAUCGACUUUUAAAACAGCAAAUGCUUGUGCAACAUGUGGAAGCUUUUGCCAUCCCACAUCCAAUUGUCCCUCGACUGUGUCACCUCAGAUUAGCAACUCUUUGUCGGGUUCUUCUGGGCUUGGCAUUGGUUCAACUCCUAGCACGAAAAGCAAGCCCAACAAAGAAAUCAGAGAUGCACGCCUCUAUGUUGGCUAUAUUCCUCAAAAUAUGGAUGAAACACGGUUGACAGAGCUGUUUUCUCCAUUUGGUAAGCUUACUGAAGCGAAAGUAAUUAGGGACCGAACUACUGGUUUUGGUAAAGGCUAUGGUUUUGUUCAUUUUGAAAAUCCUAUUGAUGCCGCUUUGGCUGUGAGACACAUGAAUGGAUACAAAGUGGAUGGAAAGAUGCUGGCAGUAAGGGUUGCUGGGGUCCCACCUGCCACAGCUUCCUCGGUCCUCGGCCUUCCAAUGUACUCUGGUCCCUCAGCAGUUCCUUCAACUGUACCGAGUCAGACGGGUUUGCUAGGUCCACCCGGGUUGAUAGCAGUUCCUUCAACUGUACUGAGUCAGACGGGUUUGCUAGGUCCAGCUGGGUUGAAGUUACGGGGAGCUCAAGUCUCCUUCCCUAGAAGUGAGGGCGCAGGCCUUCCAAUGUACUCUGGUCCCACAGCAGUUCCUUCAACUGUACCGACUCAGACGGGUUUGCUAGGUCCACCCAGGUUGAUGUUACCAGUAGCUCAAGCCUCCUUCCUUAUAAGUGAGGGCUCGGGCCUUCCAAUGUACUCUGGUCCCGCAGCAGUUCCUUCAACUGUACCGACUCAGACGGGUUUGCUAGGUCCACCCAGGUUGAUGUUACCGGGAGCUCAAGCCUCCUUCCCUAUAAGUGAGGGCUCGGGCCUUCCAAUGUACACUGGCCCCGCAGCAGUUCCUUUAACUGUACUGAGUCAGACAGGUUUGCUAGGUCCACCAGGGUUGAUGUUACCAGGAGCUCAAACCUCCUUCCCUAGAAGUGAGGGCUUAGGCUUGCCUUCUUCCUCCAUCUAUGCGGGGUGUUAUAGUUACAUUCAUAAAAGUGAGGCCCCAGAUUUCCCCCCUCCUGUUGUCUCAAGCCUCCGUGAUUCAAAGAAUGUAAGCAGCUUUAAUUCAUCUGGCAAACAACCUAACCAAAUCCAAUCCUUGGACUCUGGUUCUCUUAAACAAUUUCCUGGUGAUCCGGACUACCCAAGUUCUGGAUUCCAGUCAUAUUUUGCCACACCUGGGCUGAUGCUGCCGGGAGCUGAGGCCUCCUUUCCGAAAAGUGAGGGUGUGGGUUUGUCUCCUUCCUCCCUCUACUUGGGGCAUUGCAAUCACCUUCCUAAAAGUGAGGUCCUAAAUUUUACCCCUCCUGUUGUCUCAAGUGUCACUGAUUCAAAGGGUGUGAGCGGCUUUCAUUCAUCUUAUGAAUAUUCUAACCGAACCCAGUCCUUGAAUCUUGGUUCACUUGAAAAAUUUCCCGGUGAUCCAGACUACCGUAGUUCCCAAUCCCAGUUCUCUUUUACCACACCAACUUUUAGACCACCGCAACCAUCCCAUUUUAGUCAGAGCCACAGAUGACCUGAUCCCAUUUCUCGUAUGACCUCCCAUCUUCCUUGAUGUGGCUUAAAGUGGUAAAACCUUUAAUGUCCCUUCCCGCAACAUCAAAGGGUUAUUCUCUGCGAGAAAUGUGUAAACAAUGUUAGAAUCUCCUUUCCCAUUUGUCAUUUGCAUUUGCUGUACGUUGGUAGAGACACUAUUCUUUCCGGAUUAAAAUUACACUUGUGAUAGUGGUCAACUUCUAUAAAAAUGAUAUGCUCUUGUGAUUUCACAAA